CUAUGGAAAAGCCCCUAUCUUCAUCAUCGUCGUAGAUUCGGAUUGAAGGUCAACACGCACGCACACAUGCAACACAAAGGGUUGGUAUUGAAAAUCGGUAUUUUCCGGGGGUCCACUUCCACUUUCUUUGCAAUAAAAAAAAAGUAGGGCGUAAGGAAAACAUCAGCUCUGAAUUAACGAGUCAAUCCAUCUACCGAAAGCCUUUAUCUGGGUUUCUCCUUUUGGGAGAAAGCUACUUAGAAGCUAAUCGUAAACACCAAGCCCAUACUGAAUACCUAGCAUUGUUCGAUAUGUUGCGUUGGUUAGUGACUAGAAAUACUGAAACUAGGUUUUUUACGAUUUCUUCAUCGUCUUAAUGGGAAACGAAUUACUGGCCAGUCAAAAUUAUUUCUUGGGUCGACAUAAUUAAGCAGCAGUAGCAGUUCCUUCUCAGUGCACUCCGGUUGAUACUUCUUUUCAGUACUAGUAGCAAAACCGCCUCCGCAUGGCAUAGCAAGUAUAUUCAAAUAUCUAAGAUACGAUUAUCCGUCGCUGCCGUCACCAGUAAUCGAAAUGUGCAUUCCAAAUCCGAAUACAAUCAACUGACACUCUGCUCGGAAAGCCUCGCCGACAUAAGAUUUCAUUCAAAAGCGUAGGGAUUUUACACUUUUUAGUGCUAGAGAAUCACGAGGGAAACGUGCAUCCAACAGAUUGAUUUUCACAAUCGGAUCACACUGUGAAGAAAUUGAGCUGCCUACAUCCUCCGCAGGCUUAUCAUACGCGGCACUAUCGGUACCGCGAAUAAACCCACGCGAAUAAAUCAACGAACAGUAAGUGCUUAACUCUUUUCACUUUCAGUGAUCAACUAGAGUGCACAUGGUGAUGCAAACGAUUUGAAUCGGAAUCGGAAGAAACCGAACAGAACAGCUGAAUGAAGAAACUCCCGGAGCAGUGAAGCCUAAACGCAGUCAGUGAGUCGGCGUUUCUUGUUCUCAUCAUCCCAACCGGAAUCCACCAUGAAAUUACAGACAGCGCACGCGGCCAUCAGCACGUACAAAACCUUCGGCAACCAGACGAAAAAUGCCAACACCAACCAGACGACGAGCAGUCUGCGUGGAUCCGGCCAUUACCACCAGGGACUGCAAAACAGUCGAUCGGGAGCGAAUCUGCACGGGAAUGUCAACGUUAUGCUCGGCGGGGCAAUGCUGUCCGUUGUGAUAACGGUGGUGUGUUUUGUGUGCUACUGCUGCCAUCGGAACAUUAAGAAGCGAUCGACUUCAAUCUACCGGCAGCAGUGGUUGGAGAACGAAGCUAAUAUGGAGAUCUACAGUGUGGAACAGUGCUACGACACCCCAACGGGAUUCGGUCCGGGUUCCAUGGGAACCGGAAUCGGCACUAGUGGAUCCUACCUACUGGACAACGCAACUGGCAACGAGUACCAAUCCCUCCCGGUAGCGGUCACGGCCCACAACCAUCAUUACCCACAUCAUCUGAACGGACCUCCACCGAGCUACGAUACGGUUCUGGCUCAGGACGAACGAGCCGCUACGGUAGCGUCUCGCCGAAAAAGUUGCGACUUUAGCACGGUGUCGUCGUACGAAGGAGACUCCAGCCCCCGGGGACUGUCGGCCAAGUUGGAAGCGCUUCUGUACGACCCAAUUGGAAACCAACGACGCAAGCAGAACCGUUUGAUGGAACCUGAUUUCACCGAUUUGAGCAGAGUGCUCCGAUCGCCAACGACCGGAUGUGGCGAAAUCGGUAAUUGCAACUGCCAGUUGAACGAUAGCUUGCAAGUGUACUGUCGGAACUGCGGACAAUUCGUGGACGGAGGGGUAGUGCAAAAUCACUUCAAUAACAAUCAUCUCCUCGGUUGUGGAUCGACGGCAAUGGAAACGACAACGGAAGGUGAUUGUGGUACUGCCACCACCAAUUGGCCCGGGUCAGUCACAAUUUGCAGUGACAAUCUGAUGGACUGCGACGGGAACGGCGACGACAAUAAUGGCAAUAACAUCCAAGUCACCAACAGUGACAAUGGGAUCACCCACCACAGCUGUAGCAGCCACAACGGGUGCGGAUUGAAUGAGCUAUUACAAGAUUUACAAUUUCAUUCAGAUGAUUCUGCUACGGCGGCGACCGGUGAGCUCAACAAUAACAACAAUAGCCAACCAGGUCGACCAACCAUCAGCUGCACCAGUCACGAUGACGCCCGGCAUAAUGAGGAGAAUAAUAAUAAUCUCCCUUCAAGUGCAGCACUGCAACCCAUCAAAUCUAGAACAAUACCGAGCGACGAUGCAGGAGUAGCAGCAGCAGCGGCGGCAGACGACAGCGAUGCUACCGCAGGAGAUAGUGGCAGUAAUAACGCUAAUAGCCUCAACAACCAUCACGAUUUGGCGGCGGGAACCGUUGGGGUAGGUCCUGCUAACAACGCCGGCGAAGGUAAUAAAUCAGCUGAUAACGAGCGGGCCGCAAUGGGCAGCGGCGGAGGUGACACUUUUCGGAACCUGGCCGAAAAUGGUCUUGUUCGGUUGGAUAUGAGCCAGAUCAUCGAUCAAACUGGACUGCCCACCUAUGAAGCCGCACUGAGGUUGGAAUCCAGUGGAUACGUCUGAGAGCGGGAGUACAGAUUUGAUGUGGUGAAUUAUGAACGAAUCAGUCCCCGGUAGACGGCGGCACGUGUUAGCCGCAGCCAGUAGCUUGGCGGAAAUAAAUCACAUGUGAUGGGGCCUUCAAGAGAGUUGGAGAUGAAAUACGUAUUAACUAUAUUAUUACUAACUGUUUAGGAAAACUGCACACGUGCGGCGGCGUACAGCUCAGCCGAGGAAUUUGCCUUCGUGGUUGCAUCUAGUCCGUAAGGGAAGAACUAGUUAUAAGAAUGAGCAAAGCAUGUUAUCUAGUCG